UCCAUCUGACAGUAGCAGAGUCAGUCUCCAACCAUACUAAAAUAUUUUAACAUGCAAGUUAAAAUAGAAAGAAAAUGCACCACUGCAAGUCUUCGCCAAUCUGCAGCUUACACAGCAGCAAAUCGCGACGAUGAAAAAUCUAUAGAAAUCCUACGCGAUUUCUGUAGAGAAGAAAUGGUGUCGCCUAUUGAUAAUCGCGGCGACACCAUUCUUCAUUUUAUUGCCAUUCACGGCAACGUGCGAGUAUUUCGACUAAUUCUUGAAGAAAGGCCAGUGAGCAGUGAAGAUUUGAGAGUUAAAAACAAGAAUGGAGAUACACCUUUGCAUGAAGCUGCUAGGUUUGGACGAAAGGAAAUUGUGAAGAUCAUGUUAAACUUGAAAAGAGAUCUUGUUUUGGAGAGAAAUAACUCGGGAGAGACACCCAUUUAUGUUGCAGCUGCGAGUGGAGAGAAAGAAGUGUUCAUUUUGUUAGCAGAGAACAAUUUUUGUGAUGAAUUUACUAUGACGAGGGACGAUGGAAGAACUGUUCUUCAUGCUGCUGUAACUCAAGAGUGUUAUUACUUCGCAUUACAGUUGCUGGGAAUAUAUCCUGAAUUAGCCAGCAAAGCUGACGGAAAGGGUACGACUGCAUUAAAUAUAUUGGCCACAAAGCACUUGUCUUUUAGGAGUGGAUCCAUCUAUACAAUCGGACAAUUCGGCACUACGCCUUUCGUUCCUAUGCAGGGAUUUGAAACCUUUAUGUAUUUCUGCAUACCAGCAAUGUAUGGAGAGUCAAAACCUAGUUACAACUUGGAGGAUGCAGAGACUACGAAAGAUGUUGUCUUCCAAAGAAAAAGGUCUUCAUUUGUUAACUCUCUACUAGGUAAUGCAUGGUUAGGAGAAAUUGAUUAUGAAAAGCAAAAGCAUAUUCUUGCAGUAAUAUUAGCAAGAAGAUUGAUAAGGGAAGAAGAUUGGAGCUUCUAUGCCAAUUUUGUGCCAAAUCCGCUAAUACAGGCAACAAAACAUGGUAUAAACGAGUUAGUCAUGGAAAUUAUACAAAAUUAUCCUCAAGCAGUAGAAACCGUCGAUGAAGAUGGAAAGAAUAUAUUGCAUAUUGCAGCAGAGCAGAAAAAUAGGUUCCUAUUUGAUUAUAUUUUGCAAAAGGCAUCUCACAAAGAUAGGCUACUUUCUGAUACCGAUCAACGCGGAAACACCAUAAUGCAUUUUGCAGCAAGUGUUGGAUCGCCAUUCAAAUUUUCUGCAGGGAAACCAAUUAAAACAAUAAGGGGUUACAAAACACUCGUACUCAUGGCAUGGGGUGUCCUCUGGUUUAAGCGCGUAAAAUAUUGUGUCCAUCCACGAUUAUGGACGGUGGAAAACAAUGAAAACAUGACAUCAACAGAGUUAUUCGAGAUAAAACAUUCAGAAGUAUGUAAAGAAGCAGAGAAAUCAAUCAGAGAAUUAGCAGGUUCAGUUCUUAUACUAGCUACUCUUCUCUGCACAGUCAACUUUGCUGCAGUUUUUACAGUCCCUGGAGGUUUUGAUCAAAAUAGUGGCAUACCUAUUCUCCUCAAGACACAACAUUCAGAUCUAUGGAUGUUGAUGGUUUUCUUAGGUGUAGCUCUUUAUGUUUCAGUAUUCACUGUGGGAACAUUGCUUUCCAUACUUCUUUCGAAGUUUGAUUCGGACGACUUUUAUAUUGCCUUGCCAGUGAAGUACUGCACUGUCAUUAUUUCUGUGUAUUACUCCGCAGCAUUCACAGUUCUGGCCUGCGUUCAAGCCCUUAAUGUUGAGAAUAUAUUCAUGAACAAAGAUGUCUGGUGGCUACUUUUUUGUAUGUUUGUUCUUGGAUUUGUAGGACCUUUAAUACUCCUAGACUUAAGUUAUUUCGCCUUUGAUUAUAUGUACCAUUUCAUUCGUUAUUCAGUUUCUUAUAAGAGAUUCAUACAUGUAUUCUGAAUUAAGUACUAUAUCUUACUAUGUUUUAUUAUGAUAAGAUACUUCAGUUGGACUAUGUAAUGUGUUAUGAGAUAUUUAAGGUUUUUCUGUAAAAGGGACUUAGGAAGUAAUUUGCAAAAAUCUUUUGCAAUUAUUGCUUUUUAUUUAUUUAUUUAUUUUUGUAAAGAAAACCCAUAACAGAUUUCUUUGCUUCUAGUUGCAUAGCUAUGUUUCAAUAGGAGGAUGGUGAUGCAAGAAAAUUAAAAAAAAAAAAUUGCCAUUCUAUCUUAAAAGCUCAAUCUUAUAAAGUAUAAACUAUGACAUUGUGUUGUUAAUUUUUAGAUAAAUGAUUAUUAGAAAAAUGGUUAAAGAUUAAUCAGCUUAAUCAAAAUAGUUAUCUUGUUUGCGACAAAUAUAGAAAUGUUACCAAACUAUUAACCUUAAGUUAUCACCAGCACCAGAAAUGUUUGCUCCAACUAAUCCCGAUCAACUACGAAUCCAACCGAACCGCUCCCAAUAUCUUCAAGUCAACUCAUACUAACUUUAACAUUCAAGACUUAUUCAAAUCCAAAAUUUCAUAUAUAGGCAUACGUAAAGCAUCAAUUCCACAACCAAGUAAUACAAAACAAGCAUAUAAAACAUACAGAGUAGAAACUCAAUCCUGAAUUUUAAAGGUGCGAUACCAGUAGGGAGUAGAAA